AUGCUUGCAGAUGCGCCGGUAAGGCCGCCCGAGCCAUUGGUCGUUCGUGUGGUAGCAAGGCUCGCAGAUGCACCGAUCAGACGACUUGUGCUGUUGACUGUAAUUGAAGAUGAUUGGCUAGUCGCUGAUGAUACCUCCAGGGUGUCGGAUUCGGACGAGUGGUUCGUCGAAGCAAGCACAGUCGUCGUAGAGAUGACGCCGACGGAGUCUAGAACGAAUAUGGAAGAGCUUGACACGAAGCCUGAUGAGCCUGCAGCGGCACUCAACGAGCUCCCGGCGGUUGUCGACGAGCUCACUGCGAGUGUUGAUGAGUUCGAGACAAAGCUCGAAGAUCUGUCGGCGGAAACUGGUAUGGAAGUGUCCGAGAUGAUGUCCGCCGAAUCAGAAGUCCCAGACACGGGAUUAGUUGUUGUGGUCGUAUAUAUGCUUGAUAAUGCGUCGGGAGUAGUGGAAGUCGCGACACUCAAUGUGCUUGACAUUUCACUGGAUAUGCUAGAGGAGGUCCCUGUAGAGGAGAAGGUGGUAUUAGGGUACAGCACAGAUGUUUGA